GAGCGCUUUUGUAGAGAUUGCGCCCACGUCUACCAACAGCCCAUGAUGCAAAUGAUGGAUCAGAGUUACAUGCGGCGGAGGUCGCAACACAUGAUUCUCCCCAAGAUUGCUCCUACAUUAGAUUCAAAGUUGUACAUGCUUAUUCCAUUAGCCCUUCCUCAGCAAGCUCAUGUGAAAUGCGCUACAUGUUGA